AUGAACUAACCUCGUGCACAACAAUGAGGAAGUGUCAGUACGGGACGGUGCUGAAUUAUAGCAUAGAUUUAACCGAAUGUUGCCUUUAGAGUCAGACCGAAACUUAGAUACUAUGUCUAAUUCUUCUAAUUUUGUAAUAAGGAAAUAUUUAACCUUUUUUAACACCUUGUAAAAAGCAUGUUUUAUUUAAUCUUUGCAGCGUGUAUACUGUCAGCCCCUGUGUUUUCUGAAUCGGGGUCACAUUCGCUAUGGGUCUUUGCUACAUUUUUGACUGGAGACAGUUCAGUCCCGUUCCCAGAGUUCACUGCAGUUAUUAUGCUGGAUGAUAUUGUCAUCGGCCACUAUAACGCAGAUGAGAGAAGUUUUGUCCCGGCAUCAGCGCAAGAUUCUGUUAAUGUCACGGAGCAAAUGACUAUAUCAACAGUCUGUAAAGGCAUACACGAGGGCAUGAAAACCAAAGCAUACCACUUAAUUGAUUACUUCAAUUAUACAAGAGGCCUUCAUGUGCAGCAGAGGCUGGUUGGAUGUGAACUUCUCAACGAUGAGCCCGGCCAAAUGAUGACUCUGGAGGCCUUUAAUGGUGAGAGUGGCUUUGAACGACGCUAUAACGUUCAGGGAGACCAACACACUCACUGGAAAUGGCCUGCCAUAAAGAGUAGAGCACAGCUGGAGUAUGAUGCAUGGCUGUAUGCCUACUUUUACCGCCCUUUGUGCAUUAGCCAGCUUAGAAAAUAUCUAAAAAAGGAGAAGAAGCAUGUGAUGGCAAGAGUAAAGCCCAGAGUGAGAGUGAUUAAACGCUUUUGUAGUGAGACAGGCGUAGUUCAAAUGACCUGCCUGGCAACUGGUUUUUACCCACGUCACAUUAAUCUGACCCUGCUUCAAGACGACCAGCCAGUUAAUGAGGAGAGGAUCACGGGAGGAGAACUGCUGCCCAAUGCUGAUGGAACAUACCAGAUGAGGAAGAGUGUGGAACUCAGUGUCAAAGAGCAAAGAGAAAGGCACACCUACACAUGUACUGUGACUCACCUUGGCCUGGAGAACAAACUUGACAUCAGCAUAGAACCUGGUCCUGAUCCUGUUAUUGUGGUUCCCUCUGUACUACUUUUGCUGUGUGUGUUUGGAGCUCUGGCUGCCUUUAAAAUAUGGAGGAAGAGAAAUACACAGCCUGAGCAGGUCAUCUACAUACAAGCUUCAGCAGCUGACCAAACAAUAGAACAACCGCAGAUGUGACAUCUGAAGAGGCACAACAUUAUCUGUUCACAUUUACAGAAUGGACACAUUUUGUAUUGAUAAACUGACUGACCUGAAAGAAAAAAAAAGU